AUGCCAAAGGCGCGGAGUGCUGGUGCUGCCUCGAGGGGCCACGGCGGCAGCAGCCAGGGGGCCCAGCAGGGACGGCGGGCGGCGGACGUCUUCCUCCUGCUGCUGGCCCUGCGCAUCGCUAACGGCCUGCUUGUCCGGACGUUCUUCCAGCCAGACGAGUUCUUCCAGUCGCUCGAGCCCGCAUGGGGGAUUGCUUUUGGCCGGGACAGUGGCGCUUGGAUUACAUGGGUAUGCAUCCCCCCACCCCGGAAGGGCAGAAACAGAGAGAAAAGAGAGAGAGGAGAGAAAAACAGAGACAGGAUGGAAAAGAAAGGAAGAUGCGGGAGGUGCGGCUGGCUGACAAUUUGGGGCGUUCUGUAG